AUGAAAGCAAACAAUACGAGUAUGAAAAACAUGGCGGCGGUGAAUUGCAUUUUGGCUGUAAUAAUUUUCGUUUUUAUCGCAGGGAUACAGUCUAAGAGGCAUUGUGAUGUUCGACUGUCGUCUUUAGUAUCUAAAGGCUAUACAAGUAACCGCAAGCUCGCCUGUUUGCUUCGUUCGUUCGUGUAUCGACACAAAGACAUUGCUAGGCUUCAUGUCAUUGGACGAUCAGCGUUAAGGCGAAAAUUAUAUGCCUUACAGAUCACUGAUCAACCUCUCGUCAAAGAACCUGGAGAACCUAUGUUCAAAUAUGUUGCAAAUAUGCACGGAAAUGAGGCCGUUGGAAGGCAAGUCUUAAUCUAUUUUAUCGCUUAUUUACUCGAGAAUUACGGCCGAGACGAGCGUGUCACUAAACUUGUUAACACGACUAAUAUCUUCAUCAUGCCUUCAAUGAACCCCGAUGGGUUUCAACGUGCAAGAGAAGGUGAUUGCAUGGGAAUAAAAGGUCGGGGUAACCAUAAUAAUGUCGAUCUCAAUCGCGAUUUUCCUGAUCAGUUUAAUAAGUGGAAAAACUACGACAUGGCUUCAGCGCAACCGGAAACUAAAGCAAUGCUUACGUGGAUUUAUAACAAUCCUUUCGUCCUGUCGGCAAAUUUACACGGAGGGGCCCUGGUGGCAAGUUAUCCUUUUGACAGCAAUAGGGAACAUCGAAGAACUGGAUUUUAUAGUAGAUCACCAGAUGAUGAAAUUUUUAGAUAUUUAGCAAAGACAUAUGCUACCAAUCACAGGACAAUGAGCACCAGUAAGGAGUGUGACCAGGAUUUUGAAGGAGGCAUAACCAAUGGCGCAUUCUGGUAUGAUGUUGCUGGUGGUAUGCAGGAUGUUAAUUACCUUAUAAGCAACUGCUUUGAAAUUACCCUUGAACUUUCAUGCUGCAAGUACCCACACCACUCUUAUUUGCAGAGCGAGUGGAGGAAUAACAAGCAAGCCUUAAUUGCAUAUUUAGAGCAAGUGCAUAAAGGUAUUAAGGGAUUUGUAAGAAACACAGAUGGAAUGGGCAUAAGGAAUGCAGUAAUUAACGUUCAUGGAAUUGAUCAUAAUGUAGCAACGGCAGUACAUGGUGACUUCUGGAGAAUUUUGUUGCCUGGAACUUACACAGUCAGUGCUUUUGCUUCAGGCUAUCAAAGUAAAACUCUAAGUAAUGUAAUUGUAACCUCUAGGGAUGCAACAAAUUUAGAGUUUGUGCUGAGGGGAGAUAGCAAUCAAAGGAGCAGUGACUUAUACAGGAACGUUUAUACAAGAGAUAUUCCAUGGCUUUCUAGCCUGAGACGAUUAACCAAACGAGACUUAAGCUCUAACCUUCAAGUACUUCAGCCACUUGAAAGUAUUCAAGUCCCUUUUACAAGCAUUCCAACUACAUCCAAUGCCUUUUCAAAAAUUGUUGAAGGCUGGGAGAAACCAAGAAUAUUUAGACAUCAUAAUUAUAAUGACAUGACAAUAUUUCUUCAGGCUAUGGCAAAGUUGUACCCAAACAUCACCAGACUAUACUCUGUAGGAAAGUCAGUUCAGGACAGAGAACUGUGGGUAAUAGAAAUUACUGACAAUCCAGGAAUUCAUGAGCCAGGGGAACCUGAGUUUAAAUAUGUAGGCAACAUGCAUGGCGAUGAGGUUAUAGGAAGAGAAACUCUUUUGCUUCUAAUUCAAUCCCUUUGCGAGAAUUAUCAGAAAGUUCCUGCAAUAACAGCACUUAUUGAUUACACUCGUAUUCAUAUUAUGCCUUCAAUGAACCCGGAUGGAUAUGAAAGGGCUACUGAAGGGCAAUCCUCGGGCCCUGGUCGUGAGAAUGCCAGAAAUGUUGAUUUGAAUAGAAAUUUCCCAGAUCAGUAUUUCCCAAAUCUGAACCCCAAUCAUCAGCCAGAGACUGUGGCUGUUAUGAAAUGGAUCCAAGAUUUUCCAUUUGUGUUGUCGGCUAACCUUCACGGGGGAUCGAUUGUUGCAAACUACCCAUUUGAUGACACUCCUUCUGGGAGGGAAGCAUAUAGUCGCAGCCCGGAUGAUGAUGUCUUCCGCCAGUUAGCACUCACCUAUUCCAAAGCACAUCCAACUAUGGGAGGAGGCCGCCCUUGUUCUGCUUAUCCUGAUGAAUAUUUCAAAGAUGGUAUCACUAACGGUGCUGAUUGGUAUGUUGUUAAAGGUGGCAUGCAAGAUUACAAUUAUCUUCAUUCUAACUGCUUUGAACUUACCAUAGAAAUGAGUUGUAUUAAAUUUCCUGUUCAGUCCACGCUUAAGUCAUACUGGGAUGCCCACAAAGUUUCUCUUCUAACAUUCAUGUCUCAAGUUCAUAUUGGUAUCAAGGGAUUCAUAAGAAAUGAAGCUGGAGUUGGAUUAAGUCAGGCAACCAUUGCUGUUUCAGGAAUCAACCAUGACAUUGUUUCAGCAAGAGAUGGAGAUUAUUGGAGACUUGUUGUUCCUGGAAAAUAUUCUAUCACUGUUUCCUCGCCUGGAUACGUUCCUGUCACUCAAAAUGUGGAGGUAUCUGCUGGUCUUGCUACAGAGUUAAAUUUUGUACUCAAACAAGUUGAGCAGCCNACAAUUAUCUUCAUUCUAACUGCUUUGAACUUACCAUAGAAAUGAGUUGUAUUAAAUUUCCUGUUCAGUCCACGCUUAAGUCAUACUGGGAUGCCCACAAAGUUUCUCUUCUAACAUUCAUGUCUCAAGUUCAUAUUGGUAUCAAGGGAUUCAUAAGAAAUGAAGCUGGAGUUGGAUUAAGUCAGGCAACCAUUGCUGUUUCAGGAAUCAACCAUGACAUUGUUUCAGCAAGAGAUGGAGAUUAUUGGAGACUUGUUGUUCCUGGAAAAUAUUCUAUCACUGUUUCCUCGCCUGGAUACGUUCCUGUCACUCAAAAUGUGGAGGUAUCUGCUGGUCUUGCUACAGAGUUAAAUUUUGUACUCAAACAAGUUGAGCAGCCACAACCAUCCACUGUUCAAACACCACUUACAUCAACAACAAGCCAAAGUGUGUUUCCAGUUGACAAACCAUCUCAGGGAGUUAGCCAGAAGAACUCCCAGUCACCAGUGUCUUAUCCUUCUGUAUCUAACACUGCAGAAGUAAAACCAACUACUAUAUUUAAUGUUUCACCUCAAGUUUCAACAGAAGGUAAGUUGAGCUGUAUUCUGAUGCUUAUUGAAAUCCUGUUGAUACACAGGAUGGUUUCUAGAACCAUGCGGUAAUACUGUGUACAACUGACUCCAUAAGUGGCUUUCUUAAACUUCGAAAUUCUCUUUUUAGUUUGUCUUGUAUAUUCUUUUGAAACAAAGGGAGAAUUGAAUGUUAAAUAUUAGGUUCUCUUAAGGCUUAACAUAUGCAGCCUUUUCUAGGGCAUCAUUUUACUGGAACUAUUAAAAUCCUUACCCGUUUAAUUAUUUAAUUCUGUAAAUUAGAGCUGUACAUUGUGUUAAUGAAACUCACUGGGAUGAUUAAACUGAAAACAAGAAGGGAAAGAGGAAUGAAUCUGGGUAGUUGUAGUAAAAUGAUGUCUUAAUUUAUAGCCUAUUGUGGAAGAAAAAGCAAAUUUUUCAGUACACUAUUUCAGUUAUUUUGUUACAAAUAGUUAUGGUAAGUCCUGGGAAUCAUCUUGUAAAAAAUCAUGAGUCCCAGUCCAGAGCCAUUGAGUCCCUACUGAAAAACAUGAGUCCCUGGGGCUUUAUGUAACCACACAGGUAAUUUAACCCUUUAACUGCCAGAGUGUUGGAGGGGGUUUUGUAAGGUGACUCUAACUAUGGACAAAAUCCUAUGAUGUGACCAUUCAAAUGAAAGCUCUCUGCCUGUACUUUCACAUGAUGCCAUUUGUUUCUCAAAAUUUUUGAAAAUGAAAUUUGGAACUUUGGUGGAAAUUUGCCUUUGGCCACAUUUGGCGGUGAAAGGGUUAAAGGCAGACUCCACAACUCUCUAUUACAGUUUACUGAAAUGAAAAUAUACUCCUUCUAUCGUCAAGUACAACAAAGACUAGAAGAUAUAUGCGUCAUUAGACAACAGCCACAAGAACAGCCACAGAAAGCACACAAACAGGAUAUUCUUUAAAAACAUCUCCUUGAUCUUUGUGUCCUACGGGACGCAUUCCAUGAAUUAUUUUGUGUUCUUUGGGAUUUUUAUGCGUCAGGGACACAAGACGCAGAGGUAACAAAAUCACUGCCAUUUUGGCCAGGAAUGUACAUAUAUAUUUGUGUGAGCUCACUGUAACUUUACUCUGUACUUUGCACAGCACAUGAAUUCACUAUUUGUUUGUACUUUUUUUAUAGUAGAUGCCAAGGUGGAAUUCUAUCAUCAUAGUCACCAACAAAUGACUGACUUCUUGCAAGAGCAGGCCAAAAGGUGCUCAAGUAUUAUGAAGUUGACAACAAUUGGGACCAGUAAAGGAGGAAAGCCACUUUAUGCUUUGAAAGUGACAGAAAAUCCAGAGUUAAGAAAGACAAAACCGCAUGUUGGACUUGUUGGCAGCUUAGAAGGCACAGAUAUAACUGGCAAGGAGUUACUUCUUAAGUUGGUAGAAUACCUGUGUAGUCAUUAUGAACAGAAAGAUGAUCGGAUUAAAACACUCCUUCAAUCAACAGUGCUUCAUAUUGUGCCAGCUGUUGACGUGGAUGGGAAUGAAAAGGCAACUGAAGGAGAUUGUGAAGGCCACUUAAAACCAAUGGAUGAUUUAUCCAGGAGCUUCUACUUCAAUUUGACGAGCAGUGAUAAAAGCCUGUUACCAAAGAAUAUCAAAGAAGUAAGCAGUGAUAUGAUCACUUUUACUACUUUUACUUAAUAAGCUAAAAGUUUUCAUAGCCUGAAAGCCUUAGAUGUUAGGCUUCUUAGUUACAUUGUUCUUUUUAACUUGGGAAAGCAUUGUCCAAAUGAUUAAUGUGGACUAGAAAGCCACGAACAUUUCUCAUUGAAUGUGCCAUUCACUAUAUAAGGAGAUUCCUAGGGGGUGUCAGAUUAUGUGGAAUUGUAUAAAAUUUAUGCUAACAGUAUUACAAAGAUUUUCUGGGCAACAAUACUGUGUCAUGAUCACAGGUAGCUUGGUGUCCCAUCUUCUGUAAGCUUUAGGCCAUGAUUGUAUCCUAGAAAUUUUCCUUUGAGGCAAUACCUUCCAUAUACGCAGGGAACCAACAAAGGCCAUGACCAAAUGGUNGAAGAUAAACAAAAAGUUAAUCUUUGUACAAGUUUUCAGUCCCGUAGCAUGUUUCAUUUCGAAAAUACAGCAAUUUGAACUUCCGAGUUUUCAGAGUGCGUGACACCAAAAUAGGAAUGCUGUCUCGUUGAAAAAAAGUCUCUCCUCUUGAUUUUCAGCAGUAUAACCAUUUCAAGUAUUAGAAGAUAUAUUUAUGCGCACGUAGGCUAGUUCUCGAGUGAAAAGAAGGAGCUUUUAUAGAAAAAGUGAACUCCAGAUGUUUUUGUUGAUUUUCGGCGGCCAUAUUGGUGCACCAAAACUGUGCACCAAUAUGGCGUCUCCAUACAAAGCUCUACAAAGAUGCGUGAAACGUUUCGGCAAAUAACUCAGAAACUGUGGGCCAAAAAGACCUGAAACUUGGACAAAUUGUUUAAAAAUUAGUCUUUUAUAACAUAUCAUUUUCUUGGCUUCUUUCACUGGACAGUUUCCAAUUUAUUGUUUUGUUGCGUGACAGUGAAAACGAUCUAUACUGAGCAGUUCUAUCCAGCGUGCAAAGAAAGUAAUGUCCGAUAGCCCGGGACUAGUGGAUUUUUUUAUCGGGCUAGUGAGUUCUGUUUGAGCAAUUCGAAUAACAGAAGAACUGUGAAAUCAAUUCUGCUCGUCAAAAAGCUUUUGCGGCUAGUGGAAAUGAUGUCUGGGCUAUUAAAUGUUAGCUUCAGCUUGCCCGAAUGGCAAGCUGUUAAAAUGAUUUUCUUUGCACCCUGCUAUUAAUAAGCAUUAUCAGCCAACAGAGGAUCAGCACCACAUCACUCAGAUAAAUCAGCUACAUCCCCCCUAAAUUGGGGGAAUGAAAGAGUCUUUUAAACCUUUUCGAUGUAAUGCUGCCUUCUUCAGAUGCCAUUGGAACCCUUGACAGUGCAUAGGGAUGGCAUAUAAGUCAUCAUUGCUAUGUAAUCUCUCAUAUUCUAAAUGAACAGACAUGCCAUGGGUCUAGUUUAACAAUUUGAAUGUUUCAGUGGCUAAUAAAUGAUUCAGUCAUUGUAAUAUUAAUCCAUAAACUUUCUUUUUACUAAGUUUCUUGACACAGCUGCUGAUGAGCCUCAAGAGGUCAAGCACAUGAAAACUUGGAUGAAAAGCAGCAACUUCACCCUCUUGGCUGAUUUCAGUGGAGGUGAAUUGGUGGCAAGGUAUGGAUGAUGAUUUGCUGUUUUUUAAAUGUUUUUCACUCUCAUUAACUCAUUCGUGCAGAUCCAUGCAGAUCCAUGUCCCUUCUACCGGUUGUGACAUCAUGAGUUUUAAUAGUCAAGGACAAUUUUGUCUGCUAACUUGUGCAGGGUGAAGAGAUACUUCAAACCAUACCAGAAUGAGCACAAUUCAGUCAAGAACACCGCAGAAAAAGGCAACAAACCAUGUAACAUUGACCUGAAAAUUUCCAUGAAAAUCUUGUUCCACUCCCCACCUACCUUUCCUUUCAUCUAAUCCAAAGAUCCUAAAGGCUUUCUUAAAAGCGUUUCCCACCGAAAUGAAGCGUACCAAAUGCCCAGCAAAAGAAAAAAAUGAGGCAGGAAAAGCAAAAAAAGAGGGGAGGAGAGAAACCGAAAAGUAAAAUUCAAGACUGCUGUGUAAUUUUAAAACCAGUACUUUUUUCUCUUAGGUAUCCUAUGAGUGUCCAUUUGAGUGGCCGUGAUGAUGUCAAAGGCUCUCUAACAUCACAUAACUCUUUGUUUAAAGAGCUUGCCUUAACCUAUUCCAACAAACAUCCCACAAUGCACCUCGGUCAAGGUUGUAAUGAAUCUGCCUCUGGGUUUGCUGAUGGGAUUAUCAAUGGUGCACAGUGGAAAGAACUUCAUUACACCAUGCAAGAUUAUGCAUACCUGAUGCUCAACAUCCCACAACUCUCGUUCUUUAUUUCUUGUUGUAAGUACCCACCAGCUGAACAGCUAAAGAACAUUUGGGAGGCAAACCGUGAGCCACUUCUCGCAUUCUUGGCCAAGUCGCACCAAGCCGUUGAUGGUGUCGUUCAUACCUUAGACCACAGACCUGUGAAUACCUCCACAGUUGCUGUUAAAGGUCCUGGCAUUUCCUUUGUUCUCAAGCAAUCUGAUUCGUACUUCCACCAACUCUUGCCUCAAGGAAAGUACAAAAUCACAGCAACUGCUCCAGGCUAUGCAAGCAUAACUAAAGAGGUUACAAUACAUGAGAAUUCUAGAGCCUCUGUUAUGUUUAAUUUGCAUGCAAAACCACAAUUUUCUUAUCACAAUUAUGAAGCAAUGGAGCGCUUCCUCAGAGACAUAGUGACUAAGUGUCCCACCAUUACCAGGCUGUACAGCAUUGGUCAAACUGUUCAGUAUCGUAACAUUUGGGUUAUGGAGAUUUCUGAUAAUCCAGGACUGCACGAACAAGGUGAACCAGAGUUCAGGUAUGUGGGCGGGGUUCACGGCAAUGAGGCAGUGGGGAAGGAAAUGCUGCUGCUUAUGAUUCAACAUCUGUGUUUGAGUUAUGGUAAAGAUGACUUGGUUACACGCCUAGUGAACAGUACUCGCAUUCAUAUUCUCCCUUCCCUCAACUCAGAUGGAUCUGAGGUGGCCAUUAAAGGAAACUGUUUCACUGAUAAAGGAAGGAAUAAUGCAAGGGACGUGGAUUUGUACACAAAUUUUCCAGGUAUGUUUAGGCCCAUUUGUUGUUGAAAUUUCACUGUUCAUUGGUUUUAUAGGUAUACAUUACCACACACAAAAGCAAAGGAAAUCUGAUAUGAAACCACAACAUGCACAGGCUCCUGUUGUUAAAACGUUAGAUAGCGCUAUCCACCAGGUCCCGGUUGUUCAAAAGAUGGAUAGCGCUUUCCACAAGAUAAAUCAUUAUCCAGUGGAUAAGUAUUAGGAAAACGAAUUGCGCUAUCCAGUGGAUAGAGAUUUAUCCGAUGGAUAGCACUAUCAACCUUUUGAACAACUGGGGCCAGACAAAUCACUAUCCAACGGAUAAGUAUUAGGGAUACCAAAUGCGCUAUCCAGUGGAUAGAAAUUUAUCCAUUGGGUAACGUAUCCGUCUUGCGAGCUUUGAACAACUGGGGGCAGCUCAUUAAAUUUAGUGCAGGAGCUUUUUUGUUGCCAUUAGAAACGCUCCAUGUGAUGUACACCUGCAUUCAUUCUCAGGGGCAAUUGAAAAGUGGACCAUAGUGACUAACCAUGGGUGGACAGGGGACUCCUGCUGUAUCUAUGACACUUUUAGAGAGGAGACUCCAAAACAAAUGGAAUUUGUUUACCCAUGAAGCACUUAGUAGUUCAUAAGAACUCGUUUAUUAAAACGUGUCCGUGCAUUCGUGAUCGAAUUGGAAUUUGGAAGUGUUGGUUUUUGUGUAGCCUGUUCACCGAGCUUCUAUUUUCUCUUUAGAGCGCGCGUAUGAAAAUAAAAACCGCGGGAGAUUUAUUGACUUCAAGCGCAAGAGGGUGGGUUUUCGAAAAGAAAAGAAAACAAGGUCUGUGUACAGGCUAGUUUUUGAGGAGACGGAAAAACUAGAGUCCCCGAAGAAAAACCUCUCGGAGUAAAGGAGAGAACCAAGAACAAACUCAGUCCACGUGUAGCGUCCAAUAUGUGUGUGGUCACCAAGCUUGAAACAAAAAAAUCCCGACCAUCCCUGUACUACAGGCUAAAUUAAUCAUUUUCUUCCUUAACUAUAAUGCACAUACUCAGGAAAAGUUAAUCUUCUUUCUUAUAGACGUUAACGACCCUUCAAGUAAGACACUUGAAGCCGAAACAGCUGCAGUCAUGAAGUGGAUCAAACAACAUCCAUUUGUGUUAUCAGCCAGUUUGCAUGGAGGCUCACUGGUCGCUCACUACCCCUAUGAUUCACAUUCUCAAGGCCGCCUAAUUCCUAACCCCACCCCUGACGAAGAUGUCUUCCGUUAUUUAGCAUCUUCAUAUGCCAACUUGCAUCCAUCAAUGCAUUAUGGGAAACCACUAUGCCCAGGCCUUUCUGUGCGGGAGGAGUUUCCCAAAGGGAUCACAAACGGUGCAGCUUGGCAGAGUAACGUCGGUGGUAUGAAGGAUUAUAUGUACGACAAUACCAACUGUCUUGAGAUUGGCGUACACAUGGGAUGUUGUAAAUUCCCAUAUGCCCAGGAUUUGGAGCGGCUUUGGAGUGAGCAUAAAAAAGCCCUCUUCUUUUUCAUGUUUCAGGUA